AUAGUUAACUUUCAACUCGCUAUACCAUCACAAUGGAUCUUUAUUAUUCACCUUAUUCUGCAUCGACUGGUGCCCUCCUUUUACUUGGCAAGGCUCUUGGUCUGGAAUUCAAUAAAAUUGAGGUCAGCGUCGCCGCGAAGGAGCAUCUAAAGCCUGAGUUUGUGAAGAUCAAUCCUCAGCACACUAUACCUACGAUCGUUGACAAAGGAUACGUUCUGUGGGAAUCACGUGCCAUUCUCACAUAUCUGAUUGAGCAGUAUGGAAAGGACGAUUCUCUGUACCCCAAGGAUCCUAAGAAACGAGGGGUUAUAAAUCAACGCCUCUACUUUGAUGUGGCAACGCUUUACCCGGCUCUUGCAGAUUAUUACCAUCCACAGUUCUACAAGAAGCCUCUUGAUCCUGAGCUAUUUAAGAAGGUAGAAGAGGUCCUAAAUUUCCUUGAAAAUUUCUUGGAUGGCAAAAAGUACCUGGCUGGUGAUUCUCUCAGCGUUGCGGACAUUUCCAUCCUCUCAACUAUUGCUUCAUUCCAAGGUAUUGGUCUGGACAUUGGCAAAUACAAAAAUAUUGCGAGGUGGUACGAGAAUGGCAGCAAAGUCGCUCCCGGAUGGGAUGAGGUCGAGAAGAGUGCAGCUGCUUUGAAGGCUAUACUGAAAUCAUUGCAGUAGAAAUUAACCUAUUGCAUUACUUAAAAAAUAAAUAAAUAAAUUGCUAUUAUAUUUAAGAAGAUUUU